AACGAUUAUAGCAGUCCUGCAGCUUAUCGUGGUGAAACAAGUACAGUCUCCAAUAGAGUGUGUGUGUGUAUAGAGAGAUAGGUAGAUAUAAAUGUGUGUAUGUAAUAUAUAUAUCCUACUCCGAAUGUGUUAGUGUGUGCGAGGCUGUUUCUCCCUGUGUGUAGAUGCCUGAGUGCUGAUAAAAAUAUAUAUAUAUAAUAUUCGUUGUUUGUUGCAAGCUCCUUUACAGAACUAGUGCACUGUUUUUUAUAUCGUAUAGAGAUCGUUAAAUUUCCUUUCACCAAGCAUUUUUGUUUUUAAUGUCUUCUGCACCCGCAGAAACCUUUGCCGCUUUCACUGAUAUUUAUUGCCUGUUCAAGCAACACUGGUGGGCAAUUCUGCCCAUUAACUUGCAACACAAAUCUGAUAGUUACCCUUUAACGAGUGCAAUUCACCCUGUCAGCUAAUUUUAAAUUCGCCAUUACUUGAAAUGCUAGAAAAAACUUUCAGAUAACUUUUAUCGCUUUCUCUUUGUCUUCACUUCUUGUCGCGAAUAGUAUAUGAAGAUGGAAAUGCUGAUAUCAUAGUGUAGUGUACUAAAAAUAUUAGAAGAGCAGGGUGUGUUCUUCGAAUGCAAUUUCCACAGGCGAGCUUGUGGAACUUGCUUUCGAAUACCAAACAUCAUAACAAAACUCCAUCUUGUUCUAUUCUUCCCUGAAACUUUCUGACUUAGUGCCAAGCAAAGAAUUCAUUAUCGAGUUAGGUAAUUUGCUAAAUCGGACUCGAUCAGUCUCUACCUUUGACAGAACGAUUAUUGAUUAAACGUCCAUAAACAUUUUUUUUUUCUUCUUCUUCUUCGCCUCCACCCCUCUCUCUUCUCUCUCCGUUUGUAUAUCGUUAUGUUAUUUCAAAUAUGUCUGCUCAUCGUAUAUUUACAAAAUUUGCCGAACAGCUGUCAGUGUUUUGACUCUGUUUUUCUUUCACUGCCCAAGAAAUGGAGUUUGUUCGCAUUGAAGUCAAGAAAAAUAUAUAUCAAUUAAGAAAAUAAGCGCUGGCGUAGCUAUGUGGUUAGAGAUUUGCUUCUCAAAGACAUAGCUCCUGGUUCGAUACCCCUGCAUGGUACCGUGGACGAGUAACAGUAUUCCGAUGCCACCAGAAAUACGCAGAUUAGCAAUAAACAAGAACUCUGGAGAAACUCUCUUACACCGAUCUGCUCGAUGUGGUUAUCAGGAUGUACUCUACUACUGUUUGAAAACGAGGUCCGUCGACGUAAACGCCCGCGACAAUGCGGGUUUCACACCAUUACACGAGUGCUGUGUUCGAGGGAAUUUAUAUGUCGCGCGCUAUUUGAUUUCAUACGGAGCUGAUGUUAACCAAUGUUCUCAAGACGGAAUCAGGUAAUUAUUAUUUUCUUCUUCUUCUUCUGUUGCUACAUUACCCGUGUGAUAAGAAACCACAAGAAGGAACCUCCUGUAGGUGGAGACUAGUUCAGUCGUCGCUGUCCAACUCGGGCAAAGUGUACAGACUAAGGGGCGAAACGCUUGUGACUCUGAAAUACCGGCUGAGGAUACGGAAGAGUUUCCAGCAUUGCAAUGAAUUUUAGAAGGGCUUGCAUGACCCCUCUGAGGUCAUGCAGUUUCUGCAAGGAGCAAAGCAUCUCUGUUUAUUUCACCUUUUAUUCUUCGAUAGUAUUC